AUGCUCAGGUAUAGGUCUUUAUCAAUCAAGAGAAUCUCUCAUCCGACACCAGGCAUUGCCUUGAUGUCUUCUCGUUCUGCGGUAAUGAGAUCAAGCUUGAUACCUCUGUUCAAACCGAUUUUAAGCCGUUGGAACUCUUCAGCAUCAGAAAGUUCAAAAAAGGAGCUUAAGAUGACAAAUGGAAGCCAGGAAAGUGCGACUGAGGUUUCUCCAGUAAAAGAAAAGGAAAAGCUACCAUUCAAGGUUAAAAUGCAAAAUGCUCUUCGUCACUAUUGGGAUGGUUCCAAACUUUUAGGAUUAGAGAUAAAAAUAUCCUCCAAAUUGUUAAUGAAGAGUGCCGCAGGAUAUCCGUUAACAAGAAGGGAAAACUUGCAACUGAAGAGAACCACCCAAGAUAUCGUCCGGCUAGUUCCAUUUGCUGCUUUCCUCAUUAUUCCAUUUGCUGAACUUCUACUACCCUUUGCACUAAAGUUAUUUCCCAAUUUACUUCCUUCUACUUAUGAGUCGAGUAAAAAACGUGAGAAUAAGCUAGAGAAUCUAAGAAACACAAGAAAGUUAAUGUCUGAAAUCAUCAAGAAUAACAAGUCACAUUUUAAGCCCAACAAUAUCUCCGAGGAACAAAAAGCUUUAUUUAAUAGGUUCUACACACAUGUCCGUGCCACUGGGGUACCAGAAUCUCGUGAACAACUGAUUGAAGUGGCCAGAUUGUUCACCGAUGAUACUGUUUUAGACAACGUAACAAGGCCUUACUUGAUUGCAUUGGCGAAAUACAUGAAUCUGCAACCAUUCGGCACCGAUGUGAUGUUACGUUACCGCAUCAGGUAUAAGAUGCUUGAACUGAAAAAGGACGAUCUUUCAAUAUAUUACGAGGAUGCAGAACAACUAUCCCUCUCUGAAUUGAAAACGGCAUGUGCUUCUAGAGGUAUUAGAAGUGUAGAUGUGGAGCCCAGCGUGUUAUAUUCGAAUCUGAGAUUGUGGCUAAACAUGAGGCUAAAAGACAAGAUCCCAUCAACAUUACUGAUCAUGGCCACUGCUUACAAUUACGGUAAUGUGCAAUCCAAGGAGUCAUUAUAUGACGCAUUAUGUGAUGUCCUAAUCGGUAUUCCUGAUGAACUAUACCAUGAAGUUAAGGUAAACGUCGUCAAGGAAGACGAAGCAUCUGCUAAGCAAAAGUUGAAGCAGUUGAGGGAGCAAGAAGAAAUCAUGAAAGAGGAAGAGCAGCAAGAAGAGAACGCCAUUGUGAGCGUCAAGGAUGAACUAAGCUUAGACGACCAAGACAAGAACAUAGAUGCGGCCGCUCCGGACGUAAAGCCACAAGAAACUAAACCCAUUGGAGAAACUGCCGCCUCCAAAGAGAAGUAA